CUUACCUCUGCAGUUCUUUCUGAUAUCUGUUCUGUGCUUGAUCCUGAAGAAAUAAUGCGUGGAAAUAAUAUGUCUGUUGCAAAUAUCAGUGCCAAGAUUCCUGGAAUUCUUAGAGAUGAAGAUGAACAAAAGUUGGAUAAUGAAUGAAGGUUACCAAUCCUAGGUGAUGAUGCAAAGAAUAUUCUCUCACAGAAUGCUGCCACUGACAUUGACAAAUCUUUUGGUCUAAAAUCUGUCACACGGGGAAAUACCCACUACUCCUAACUUGUUAAAUCAUUAUUAACCAUACCAGUAUCUAAUGCAGACUGUGAGAGAAUAUCUUCAAUGGUUACUUUUAAAAAGUCAGAGAAAAGAAACAGACUCAAAAACAACAGUCUGGCAAAUGAAAUCGUAAGUGGAGAGGGAAUCAAAGUGGAAGAAGACUUUGGAUCAGACCUUUUUGAGUCUGAUGAUGAUGUGACUGACUGAUUAUGUCCAUCCCUCACACAUCAGCAGCAGCAAUGAUGAACCCCUAUCACUGAGAGAGCAACUGCACAAGAGGCACAGAGCCAUGUCUCUACUGCAGUCUUGUGUUCCCCACCUCCCAGUCCCUGAACUGAGUGAUAAAGCUGCAAGAAAUCCUUCCUGUGGCUCCAGAGUGCCUGCUGUGACCAGGGUGCCUCAGGAAGUGACUACUUUUUCAGUGGUCAAGUCUUAUGGUAGCAGUGGUGGGAAGUCAGCUACACUGGCCACACUGAACAUGCUAAAGUGACUCAACACAUCAUGGACAAGUGAAGAAGCAGAAAGGGAUGAUUCCUGCUCUUUGAGCAUCUGUGAAAAUCAAGGAACAGGAAAUACUGACAAGAAGAUAGCCAGAAUGGCUCACUGGUUCCUGAAGUUCCUUUUAGUGGCCUUAUUGAACCUUGUGACUGGUUCAUGCUGCAAUUCCUGGAGCUGGAGAAGAAGCUGUAUAGACAGAAGUCAGCUGUCAGUGUGUUGGAGUGGUACAAGAGUGACCCUUGCCGUGCUCCAGCACAUCACCUCGCCUACCACUUCUACAAGAACCUAGUGCCGGGAUCAGUCACGGAGCAACUAAUGGAGCUGGAGUGCAUCAGCAGAGCAUGUCCUGACAACCCCAUGGUGCUGGAGCAAGUGAACCUCUACCUUCACAGUUUGGAACAUGGAGGGCCGGCACUAGAGAGGGCUGUGAUGUGGAUGAGGAGUGCUGAGAGUGACAGUGGCCAAGAAAGCAGUGAUGAGUGUCCAGGUCCCACAAAUGCCUCCUGCACAUUGAGGACAACAGGGAAGAUGGAGGUGCUGAUGAGAUGCCUGUCGCUGCUUGUGGCAAUGCUGGACUACCCUGCUCACACCUGGGAUCUGCAGCGGUGGCAGAAGCUGACGCAGGUGUUGACCAAGUUUUACCAGGCCUGGGUCCAGACAGAUGGAAGUGCUGCCUCUGCACAACUUCCAUCAGCCAAGACAGCUGCACCUCCUGCUGAUGCCAAGAUGUCCACCCUCAUGGUAGACAAUGAUGAAGCGGCCAACCAGCUGCUGAAAAAGAAAUUAGAAAUAGAACUGAAGCUGAUGGAAAAUUAAUUGAGAAAAAAGACAUUGAAGUAGAAGAAAUAAAAUUAUAUAAAUUACAAAAAAAAAAUAAAUAAAAUAGAACAGGAAAUGGCAGUAAAAGAUAUGGUAUAGA